CUCUGCUAUUAUUCAAGAAUAUUUAAUAGCUUCAAUCCUUUGUUCCUUGUUGUACACUCUGCCAGCAGCAGCAUGUUCUACUUUGUAAAAAUCAUCACUUUGUGGAAAUUGCUUAAAAACGGCACUAUUGUUGCACGUGAUUGUUGGUUACCGUGCUUUUACUGUUUGCUUAAGGUUCCAGUUUACGUCGUUGUCUUGCGAUGUUUUAGUUUAAUUGAUUAACGCCAACUGAAAGACAUUGAUGUAGCUCAUUAUGUUGAGUGAAAGAUGUGUUCACAGUAGCUAGACUUGUAUGGUCAGGCAAAAAGCGAACAGCUAUAGUGUUUACUAUUUUCGUACAUUUUUUAUGAUAGUCUGCAUUGCAAAUCAGUUGCAUCUACAUAUGAAGGGAUGACUAUGGAUUGUGGCGUUCGUUCUUUUUAGAUGGAAUUGCUUGUCACGUCGUGUUCUGUUUGACGCAAAUAUUCGCGCAUCUCAAGACGUCAAAAACUGGAAGUUGUUCUUCGGCGGAAUCCUUCCACCGUCGCCUCAGACACGGAUCGCGUAAGAUGACUUCGUCGCAUCAGCCUCUGUGCAUAUUUUCGCUGGACCCUACUGAAAAGACCGUCUCAAGUUCAGAGCUAAAAAACCUGCUGUGCAGAGAAGAUGAAAGUAUGGGGCACUUCAACGUAGUUGUCAUUUCCAUCGGUGGUAGAUGCCGUCUAGGAAAAAGUCUCUCAUGAAUUACAUUAUAAGCAAGCUGAACAAGAACGAUGCAUCUCAAAAGUCAACAGGAUGGCGAGAGACCAUCAAGGGUGUUUUCGAUUCUACAAGAGUCUUUCUGAUGCCGAAGCCUGGCACACAUAUCACCUCUUCACCUGAAUUCAAAGGCAGCGUAAAAGAAAUAAAAGAGUUUUGCUUCGCAGAGUAUUUGAAGAAAUUCGUCGAAGUACUAUUAUCUCCACAGCAACUCAAAGUCAAAAUGAUCCACCGUCGCAAAUUUACCAUGGAAAGCUUUUGUAACUUCGUGAAGUGUUUAUGCGAUUUCUAUUUGAGAAAUGACUCGCCUUAUUCGGGGCCACUGUCAACUGUUAUGAUGCACGCGUCUUAUUCAAUCAUAACAGGUGAAUUUCUCGAUGCGUACAUAACGCAUAUGAGUAACAGCAUUGAUCAUCAUAUGGGAAUUGAUAUCAAUGACGUUCAAGAGUAUCAUGAGGAUGCUCGGCGUAAAGCUAUAGAACUCCUUAAGGAAACAGGAAUGCCGGAACGGUACUUGCAGCGGACUUGAAGAAUCCAUACAAUAAACUUAUCUGUAUAUUGAGAAUGAGAACAAGUAUGAGCUUGAGAGGCAGAAAGCUUUGCUAGAUGAACUUCUGCUGCUGAAUGAAGCUACUGAAAUUGAAGAAGAAAGGAAUUGAAGAGAAAUCACUACAAUUGACGCAGUUGCUACUAGUGUUACACUGAUAUGUCUCCAAAAUCACCUGCUGUGAAUUUGCUUAAGGCAGGCAUUGUUCAUCUAGUAGCGAGAGCGCUGAAGAAGCUAUAAGAACAGCCCUUCACGCUGUGUUUUUUUUAUACCGGAAAAAAUAUUGUCAUGAGAAUACGACCAAUGCACUAAAUGAAGAAAUAUACACGUGCCGUGUAAUCCUGACAAUAUAGAUUUUAUCUGAUCUUUUCAAAACGGAGAUGGUGGUGAGAAAGGACUUCCGUCUAUACGUCAUCACACUAGAAUGUUGCUACAUACUUGAGCCUAUGAAUGAUCUAAGAGCGAAUUGUGCUUGGGCCCUUGAGAUAUGGGCGACUAGUAAUUAUCGAUUGGUAUGAAAUAGUUGGAACUUUUAUGAGAAAGUUAUGUUGCAGAUGAGGCUCUUAUUGCUAUUACUAUUGAAUGGUGAGCGACAUACAAGAUGUUAUGUUUAACUGAUUACGACCUAUUACACGACACAUUUUGGAUUCUGCCAAUUGACAGUGAUGGACAAAAACGAAUACAAGUUUAUCGCACGAUAGUAUACUAAAUUUCAAAUAAAACUUAAUUGCUGGGCGUGCGUUCCAAAUCCUGAAGUUUUAAUUCUGCAACUUCGAUUUUUAACUUCUGAAAAUUCGCUUUUUCUUCUGGAGCGUUUCUUCGGUCCACGCUCUAACAACCCGCCGCGGCAGCGAAGAAGACAACAGCGUCCACAGCAUCAUCGUUCUGCUAUGGCGAUCAAAAGAUGCUUGGUUCUGUUGUUGUUGAUCUGUAUUUAAUCGAAAGUUAUUUUCUAUUGUGCGUUUUUGCAAUUUUGUGCGUUGCCAUUACCAUCGCAAUAAUCUAACAUCUCGACAAUGUCUCUUUCAAUAGGCUCUUCGAAUUCGUUGGUAUGCAUAGAGUUGGAAGACUUCUUCAAACUCCGAUACGUAAAGCUGCUAACUUUUCUAAAUAUUGCAGAUUAUGGAUUAUGCAGCACAAACCAUCAGUACCCAUUGAAAAUGGUUGUCAGCGAUUAGGAAGAAGAUGUCGAUGCAUUAUUAGUUGUGAUUUCUAUAUUAUACCAUAUUAUAUACCAUAUUAUAUUAGACCAUAUAUUUAAAGAAUUCAAUUUUCCGUAAUAAAAUUGCGUUUUUAUUAGUUACGAGAUUUGGAUUUGGUCUAAUGUCUCAAUCGUUGCUGUCGCAAAUGGAAAAUCAGUUACUUGUCGUUGUGAGUUGUUAAGGUCGCAGACUACUA